UUGUUCUGGUAAUGUGACGUCAUAAGGCUGCGCCGUGCUCCUGCGUUGUUGUGAUUCGGCUGAAGAAAGGUUUGUUUUAAAUAUUUAAAGGGUUUUAAAUCGUUCAGUCACUUUUAUAGUUUUUACAAGCGAUGUAAAAUGAAUUAUAUACCACUGAAUGCAACGUAACGCUUUAUAUAACAUUAACAUGAACGUUAUUUCAUGUGAUAAAGCGCGUCCACACGUGAGUAACAGUCUUAUUUCGCUCCAUAUAUCGUGAAUCAGUUUAUUACAAACGGGAAUUCAGUCACUGAUUUGUAGUGACGAGAGAAACCGCACAUUUAAACUCUCCGACCCAGUGAAACCAAAUGAUUUGCAAAAUGAUUCAGUGAUUGAACACUGACGACACCUGCUGGUCAAACAGUGUAAACACUAACAUGUGUAAUCUAUUAAAUGUAAAUAAAUACCGAAUAUAAAUCAGAACUAAAUGUUUGUAUAAAUUGCAUUUGUUUAAUUAAUUUGUUGUGCUAGUUUUGAGUGUUUGCACAGACUACUAGAGCUAAACCUGAUUGAGACGCACCCAGAGAUUAAGUUUGGAUGUGGAUAAUUAUUCUCAUCUUAAAGAUGGCGUUUAUUAAAGAGGAGAGUGAAGACGUGGAGAUUGAAGAAACAUUCAGAGUGAAACAUGAAGAAACUGAGGAACAAACAGAGUGGGUCGCUUAUGUGGACAGACGUGUUGAGAUCACAUGACCAGACGAAUACUAAUGCUGCUUCAACCCCUACUGCCAGGGGAAGCAUGUUCAAGGAGAACAACAGAGGACCUAAUACUGAGCCCUGUGGCACACCGUACUUGUGCUUGAGACGCCUCUGCAUUUACACAAGGAAAGUAGUAGUGGUCGGAUAGAUAGGACAUAAACCAUGCUAAUACUUGUCCAAAAAUGCCAACAUAAUUAUCAAGCUAUCAAAAAGAAAGUGGUUGUUAAUUUGUGUAUGUCUCUCUUCUCCUUAGACCUGAUGCCACUGAAAGAAGAUAGUGAAGUACUGGAAGAGAAAGAUCAACAUGAUUUCACAACUGGAGAAAAAACAUUUAUUUGCUCACAGACUGAAGAAUCUUCCUCACAAAAAAGAGCUCAAACAGAAACUAUUAGUCAUUUCACCUGCCAGCAGUGUGGAAAAAGUUUCAGUAAAAAAGGACACCUUAAAGUCCACAUGAACAUUCACACCGGAGAGAAGCCCUUCACCUGCCAACAGUGUGGAAAGAGAUUCACUACAAAAGGAAUCCUUAAAGGCCACAUGGCGGUUCACACCGGAGAGAAGCCUUACACCUGCCAACUGUGUGGAACCAGAUUCACUCAAAAAGGAAGCUUUAACAGGCACUUGAGAAUUCACACUGGAGAGAAGCCUUACAUCUGCCAACUGUGUGAUAAGAGCUUCACGACAGACCUAAACCUAAGGUAUCAUAUAAAUAGUCACACUGGAGAGAAGCCGUUCACUUGUGAUCAGUGUGGAAAGAGUUUCAGACACAAAAUAUCCCUUAAUAAGCACAUGGGGACUCACUCAAGUGAGGACUGUUGCAUAUGUCAUCAGUGUGGAAUGAGUUUCACAGUCAGAAGUCACCUCAAGAACCAUGUAAAAAUUCACACCAGAGAGAAGCCUUGCAUGUGCCAUCACUGUGGGAAGACUUUCUCAAACAAAACAAACCGUGAGGUUCACAUGAGAGUUCACACAGGAGAGAAGCCGUUCACCUGCCCUCAGUGUGGAAAGAGCUUCAGAUUUAAAGGAAACCUUCAGACGCACAUAAGAGUUCACACUGGAGAGAAGCCUUACACAUGUCUCGAGUGUGAGAAGAGUUUCACUUAUCAAAGAGACCUGAAACGGCAUUUGCACACUCAUUCUGAAAAUACAGUGCACUGCUCCUCGAUGUGGGAAGAGGUUUAGAAAAAGAAGCAAUUCAUUUGUACAUUAACUUUCUGACCAAUCAGUUUAAUUUGAAGUGCAAUUUUAUAAAUGUAAUUAAUUUUCUUUUGCUGUCACACUUUAGAAUCAGAAAGAGCUUUAUUGCCAAGCAUGUUUGCACAUACGAGGAAUUUGUCUUGGUGACAGGAGCUUCUAGUGUAGAAGAAAGUACAGACAUGGAAUUACACAGUACAAAUUAAAUAUAACAACAUAAGAAAACAAAUUUCUAAAUGAUGCGAUAUAAUACAGUAGUAGAAAUAUAGAGGAAAAAAUGUUUUAAUGAAUUAACAGAUAUGUGAUUUACAAGUGUACAGUUUAUGUAAUUUACAAAUGUUCAGUUUUUUAGUUUUAGUAUCAAUUUUUAUUGUUCAGGCUAAAUAUAACAUGUGGGGAAAAAACUGUUACUGUGCCUGGCUGAUUUUCUUAGCCCUUUUUCUCACUCUAGGUGUGAAGAAUAAUAAAAAUAUCAUGGCUCUUCCAAGCUUUAUAAUGGCAUUGAAUGGGGUCCCAAUUGCUAAAAAAGUGCACCGGUGGUAAAAGUAAUCCAUGUGGCUUGUUAGAAUGAUAAAUUUGAAUACAGCUUCGUUUCAUGUGUUGUUGACAUUUAUUUGUGAUGGUUAGUUUUAUUUAUUUCUUUACUCAUUUUUGUUCAUAUUCUUGUCAGUAAAAUAUAAUUUUUCAUGAA